AUGGCUCAGAUGUAUGCCGACGACCAGAAAAUCUCCGACCUGGUAGAGAAGGUGCCGCCAGGCUGGUUCUCCUUCGAGUACUUCCCUCCGAAGACGCCCGAGGGCGUCGAGAACCUUCGCAAGCGAAUUGUGAAGAUGAAGUCUUUGGGCCCUCUUUUCACAGACUUCACCUGGGGUGCCGGAGGUUCCACAUCGGAGCUCACUCUGAAGCUGACGUCCGCAGCCAAGAACGAGUUCGGCUGCGUCGCCAACAUGCACCUGACCUGCACCAACCAGAGCUCGGAGAUGACUGGCAACGCACUUUUGGAUUGCAAGAAGCACGGUGUCCGCAACAUCGUUGCCCUUCGCGGCGACCCGCCACGUGGUCAGGAGAAAUGGACGGCCACGGAAGGUGGCUUCUCCAGUGCGCUGGACCUGGUGAAGUUCAUCACCCAAAACCACGGUGACUACUUCUCGGUCUCCGUGGCAGGAUACCCGGAGGGCCAUCCUGACAACAUCGAGGUGGUUGAGGGUGGCGUGGCGGCCUUGACAGCAUCGGAGAAGCGCCGCGCCCGCGUGGUGACCGAUGCCGAGGGCAAGGAGGUGGUCUCUGUCUGCCGAGAUGCAAACUUCCACAAGGAGAUGGUUUACCUCAAGGAGAAGGUCGACGCAGGGUCCCACUUCGUCAUCACCCAGAUGUUCCUGGAUGCGCAGGUGUUCCUGGACUUUGUGGACGAAUGCCGCAAGUAUGAUAUCAAGGUGCCCAUCGUCCCUGGCAUCAUGUGCCUCAAUGGGCUCGGUGGCCUCAAGCGGAUGACCGAGCUCUGCAAGACCCGAGUGCCCGAAGGGCUCCUGGAGCGCGCGGAGAAGGCGAACACCUCGGACGAGGCGUUCAAGGAGUUCGGUAUUCGGGAGGGCGUUGCCAUGUGCAAGAAGCUCCUGGAGGGCGGUGCCCCCGGGCUCCAUUUCUACACCCUGAACCUGGAGAAGGUGGUCGUUGGCAUUCUCAAGGGCCUGGGCAAGAUCAGCGACGCUCAGGCGGCAGCCUUCCAGUCUGUCAUGGCGGAUGCAAAGUUCAUGGUCUCCGCGCAAGGCAUCACCACCGGAACGCAGGCGGCCAACCGGCCAGCCCUCCCAGGCAACAAGUCCCUCAAAGAGGCGGAUCCUGUCAUGUACGACCUUGUUCAGCAGGAGAAGGCCAGGCAAACGCGUUGCAUCGAGCUCAUUGCCUCAGAGAACUUCACAUCCCGAGCCGUCAUGGAAUGCUUGGGCUCGGCCCUCACGAACAAGUAUUCCGAGGGACAGCCUGGAAAUCGCUAUUAUGGUGGCAAUGAGGUCAUCGACAAGGUGGAGAACCUUUGCAAGGACCGUGCCUUGAAGGCCUUUGGCUUGGAUGAGAAGGCCUGGGGCGUCAAUGUCCAGCCGUAUUCCGGGAGCCCGGCCAACUUUGCAGUGUACACGGCCCUGCUGCCGCCCCAUUCCAGGGUCAUGGGACUCGACCUGCCCUCCGGCGGGCACCUGACCCAUGGCUACUACACCGCCAAGAAGAAGAUUUCUGCCACCUCCAUGUACUUCGAGUCGCUGCCCUAUCGCGUGCAUCCGGAGACGGGGUUGAUCGACUUCGACGAGUUGCGCAAGACUGCGCUCGUCUUCCGCCCAGCCAUGAUCUUGUGUGGGGCCUCCGCCUACCCUCGUGUCAUCGACUUCGGCAAGUUCAGGGAAAUUGCAGACGAGGUGGGUGCGAUUUUGAUGGCCGACAUCGCGCACAUUUCGGGCCUCGUUGCCACAGGAGAGCAUCCAUCUCCCUUCGAGCACUGCGACGUUGUGACAACCACCACGCACAAGUCCCUUCGCGGGCCGCGAGCCGGCAUGAUCUUCUUCAAGUACACGGACAAGAUUCCGGACAUCAAGGAGCGCAUCGACAUGGCGGUCUUCCCAGCCCUGCAGGGCGGGCCCCACAACCACCAGAUCGGUGGCCUCGCCGCUCAGUUGCUGGAGGUUGACAGCCCCAUGUUCAAGGAGUACGCCAAGCAGGUCAAGGUGAAUGCCAAGGCCCUGGCCGAGACCCUGAUGAGCAAGGGGCACAAGCUCGCCAGCGAUGGCACUGACAACCACCUGCUGCUCUGGGACCUGCGACCUCAUGGCCUCACUGGCUCCAAGGUUGAGAAGAUCUGUGAGGCGGCGUCGAUUACCCUGAACCGGAAUGCAGUGCACGGCGAUGCAUCUGCCCUCGCCCCUGGAGGAGUUCGCAUCGGAGCCCCUGCGAUGACCACCCGGGGCUGCACUGAGCAGGACUUCAAAACCAUCGGUGGGUUCCUGGACCGGUGCUGCCAGCUGGCACUGAAGAUCCAAGCCGAGAAGGGCAAGAAGUUGAAAGACUUCGAGGCAGCCAUUCCGAGCAACCAGGAGGUUACAGCGCUGAAGAAGGAGGUGGAGGAGUGGGCCAGCAAGUUCGGAUACCCGGGCCUGUAG